AUGAAUGAUAUAUAUAAUCCAACAAAAUUAAAUAAUUCUCAAUUAUAUUUAAAUGAAGAUGUUCUUAAAAUUGAUGAUGAUGAUUAUUAUUAUGAUGAAAGAACAAGUUAUUAUCAAUUCUUGAUUAAAACAUCUGGAUAUCAAAUUCGUGCAAAACGAUUAAUUGUAACAAUAGAUCCAUUGAGUUGGCAAAAUAUAAAAGGUUUAAUUGCUCGUGAUAUCAAAUCGGAUAUACAUUUUCAAUCAAGUUUACCUGCUAAAACAAUAGUAAUGCAAUGCUAUUGA